AUGUUGCACCAAAGGUAUGUCAAAGGAGAGGUGUGCGACCUUCAUCCAAGAGCGAAACAUUCUUUAGAGCAUUGUUCAGAAGCCGAGAGGAUACUACAAUGUCUCAUAGACACCCAUAAAAUCCAGAUCAAUAGUGCGCGGAAAGAAGGGGAG